UCUCUGUGUGCAUUGAAAUCAAACCGUGGCAUGUUUAGUUUUCGUUUGACGUUCGCUCAGUGUUUACGUGGUUAUUUCGAUGUGUAGCGGAGGAAACACGGCGCAAUCUCAGAAAAAGAAUUUUCAAUAAAAACGAAAAUUUUACGUGAAUCAAGUUGGAAUAAAAUUGACAACAACAAGAAAUACGUUAAUGAUUUGAGGAACGGAUUAAACUAAAUAUUUUGGAAAUUAAAAAAAAAGAGAGCAAAACAAAUUUUUAAAAGAAGAGGAAAUCAAAAAAUUUAUUAAAUAACCCUUUGAAGGCUCCGAUGGAUUACGUAUAGCCUGUUUUACACAAAACCCCGUGGAUUUAUUAUCAGAAAAUUUAAAUUAUUUAUUUUUUUGGAUAAAAGUGAACCCCUUCCGAGGUGUGAUAUGUACGAGUGUGUAUGAAACUCCAACUGACAAAACAAGUGAAAGUGCAACCAAAAAUACCGCCAAAUUGUCUGGCCUUUAAUCGGAAGUGUGAAAAAAUUGCCGUAGGUGCUUUGGCAAGUGUCCGUGUGUGUGUGUGUGCGUGCAUUGUUACGUUUAGACCAACCGGCUUUUGUCCGUAGAUCGCACAAGAAAUUAAGUCAUUAAUCCUUUCUGAAAGCAUAAGAGCCCCAUUCAAGCAAGCAACAACAACAACACCACCAAGCCAGCCAUCCAACAAUUAAAUUACACUCGUCUUCGCGCUCUCUAUGCUGCAUUAAUACGCAACGCUGCCCCCUCAUUUUUAGACCAUACAGCCAGCCCACUGAGCUCUGCCCCCAUCCCACACCCCCAUAUCAAAGUUGCAACUUGUGACGCUUGCUACUGGAAAAAUUUUUGCGCGCGCUAAUUAACGUCAAAAAGUUUCAAUUUUUUUCGCAAAAAAAAAAAAAAAAAAAGAAAAUAAAAACAAAUCUCGUGUUCCGGCACUGCCGCCGCCGUCGUGAUUAUUAACAACAAACAACAACUUUAUUUUGGCAACGACCUGUUGUUGGCCCUCCAAAUAAAUUCUUCGAGUUUUUUUUAAAAACAAUUCUAAGAAAACAACUUUUGGGGCAAAUAAGAAAAAAAAAUAUCAAAGAAAAUAGAAAUUAAUGUCAACCUAAAAAUUAUAACAAAAAAUAGAAGAAACAAAAAUCUAAGUGCAUAAUCUAAAAAGUGAAAUCAGUUGCAGGAAAACUUGGUUUUUCCCAACGCUCUGUGUGGAUACACCUCGCCCGCCCCAAACCCGUGCCGCAAAUUUUCAAACGCCCGCCAUUCUCGACAAUCACAAAAUUCUCACCGAAGUAUCAAAAGCGCCCCUUAGGGCUGUCGCGUUGGCGUCAUUUUUGGGCGACGGUUUCGCCGCCCUCAGUACGAGAGCACCGCCGGUCAAGGAUCUAAUGGCGUUCGGUUCAGUUUUACACAAUAAUCAGCACAAUAUAGGUCGCAGUGAACCGCCGGUCGGUGUUGGCGAUCCCUGUGCUGGUUGCAAUAAACCAAUUUUAGAUAAAUUUUUAUUAAAUGUUUUAGAACGCGGUUGGCAUGCGUCCUGCGUACGCUGCUGCGAAUGCCUUCAGCCUUUAACGGAUAAAUGCUUUAGUAGAGAAUCGAAACUUUACUGUAGGAAUGAUUUCUUUAGGCGCUAUGGCACAAAAUGCAGCGGCUGCGGCCAAGGCAUUGCUCCCUCCGAUCUCGUUAGGAAACCUCGUGAUAAGGUGUUUCACCUCAAUUGUUUUACAUGUUGUAUCUGCCAUAAACAGCUCAGCACCGGCGAACAGCUCUAUGUGCUGGACGAGAACAAAUACAUCUGCAAGGAUGACUAUUUGCUGGGCAAGGCGCCGUCGAUAUGUGGCCAUAAUUCGUUAAGUGGUUCCAUAAUGGGUUCAGCUAGCGAAGAUGAAGACGAUGAUGAUGAUCCGCCACAUUUACGCGGACCCCCUCUGGGUUUGGGUAUGCUGGGACCAAAUGGCCCAGACUCAGCAGGUGGACCAUUGGGAGCAUCAGAUAUUUCAGUACAAAGCAUGAGCACCGACAGCAAAAAUACCCAUGACGAUUCCGAUCAGGGUUCCUUAGAUGGCGAUCCUGAUGCGAGAGGCGAUUCUCAGGCCGAAAACAAAAGUCCUGACGAUGCCAACGGUUCAAAGCGAAGAGGUCCGCGCACAACGAUCAAAGCCAAACAAUUGGAAGUACUGAAAACCGCAUUUAACCAAACACCGAAACCGACACGCCACAUCAGAGAACAGCUGGCCAAAGAGACGGGUCUGCCGAUGCGAGUGAUACAGGUGUGGUUUCAAAACAAACGCUCAAAAGAACGCCGCAUGAAACAAAUCACCAGCAUGGGUCGUCCACCGUUCUUUGGUGGAGCGCGAAAAAUGCGCGGUUUCCCCAUGAACCUCUCGCCCGGUAUGGAUGAUGGCCCUGGCUUCCCCUAUUUCGCUGCCGAGGGUAAAUUCGAAUUCGGUUAUGGACCACAUUUUCAUCCACACGAUGGUCCCUUCUUUCCCGGCCAUCCUGGAGGACCAAUGCCUUUUAAUGCACCCGCUAUUGUACCUUUUGUAGGUGGACCAAUGGAUCACACGGGACCCAUACCUAUGGUAAAUGAAUUUGGCUUGACGCCUGAUUCGAAUUUCCUAAGUCAAACGGCUGGUGGACCGCCCAUGAAUAUUCAGUCAGCGGGAGGACCACAACCGCCCACGGAACAUUUAUUGGCCGCGCAGCAACAACAACAGCAGCAGCAACAGUCUCAGCAACAACAGCAACAAUCUCAACAAGUCAAUGGCCCGCGUUCAACAUCACCGGAAUUCAUGUCGGCGGGGAAUUUCAGUGAACCCUCAAAUAUGCAAAACGAAACGCUUGUUUGGUAAUAUUCAAAAGAGUUGGCAACGCGUUUGCUAUUUUUAAAGACCCUGGCCGAAUACCAACAUCAGCAAGAAGAAGAUUAAUCAAAAAACCACUGAGGACAACUGAGGUCAAUAAUCUCCCCAGAGCAAGAAAUGGAAGUAUUCACAAGUCCAAUUAAUGAAAAAUUAAAAAAACAGAAAUUCAAAAACAACAACUACAACCACAACAAAUUAAUGGCUGCUUAAUUUUGAUAUUAUUGCUGAAGUGCAACUAAAACAACAAAACAUAAAA